AUGCGUGGUGUCCGAGGGGCCCUGGAGAAAACCACGCUGGCUCUGCCCCCCCCCUGGACCACCAUCUUCAAGGGGGAGGGGGGCACCCUUGAGGGUGAGGGCCACCACCCUCUGGUCGGGGGGCUCCGGGCCAUCAGCCCCCCCUGGGAACUGGGCCACCUGGUGCUGCCCUCUCACGGGAGGAGCAACGAGGGGGAGACCCCAGGGGUGUACCGGUGCCAAAACCCGGGGGCGCCGUUAAACGACCCUGGCCAACUCUUUUUCUCCAAAGACUGGCUGAUCCUGCAAGUGCCCUACGCGCCGGUGUUCGAGGGCGAGCCGCUGGUCCUGCGCUGCCGCGGCUGGUACGACAAGGCGGUGCACAAGCUGCACUACUACCGCGACGGCCGCGCCGUGCGCUACUUCGGCUCCGGAGCCAACUACUCGGUGCCGCAGGCGCGUGCCGGCGACAGCGGGCGCUACCAGUGCUCGGGCACCAUGCGCCUCCCGGUGGAGAGCGCGCCCAUGUUCUCCGCGCCGGUGGCCGUGACCGUGCGAGGUGGGUGCGAGCGCGCGAGGGGCGGCCCUGGGCUCGGGGGGGCGGGGGGGAAGCGCAGGGUCCGGGACGGCGGGGAGCGGAGGAGCGGAUCGGCGACUCGGCCGCCGUCGCGCCAGGGCCCGAAGCCCGCGCCCCUGGCGCCAGGGAACCAGCCGCUUUCCUCCCGAAAGGCCCUGCCGUCCACGUCGGCGCCGUCGGUCAUCUCCGCCCCUAACGCCACCUCCGCCGGGCCGCGGGCCCCCGCAGGCAGAGCCCCCGGCGCCCCGCCUGCCGCCUGCGCCCCGCAGACGCCCCUGGAACCCACCGCGGGGGCCCUGAAGCCCGAGGUGGACCUGCUGCUCCGAGAAAUUCGGCUGCUCAAAGGCCUGCUGAGCCGGGUGGUCCUGGGAAUGAGGGGCCCGCAGGCUGCCCCCGAGCCCGGGACAGCACGAGGGACGGCGGCCCCCUGUGCGGAGUCCCCGGAGACGAGCGCUGCGGGGAGCUGAGCAGCGUCAGCCCCUCCGGCCAGCCCGUCCCGCCCCCUCCUCUCCGUCCCCUCCGCUCUGC